GCGCGGGAGGAGGUGGACGCAGCGUGCGCGUGGCUCCUCUGUGACUGUCUGCGGCUGCAACCUGCCUGACGAGCACCAUCACCAACGCCCAUCCAGCGCCCGCAUCCAGGAAAUGCGCCGCGCCGCGCGCAGGAGGCCCGCCGUCUGCUCCCGUUAAAGUCCGCGCCGCGCGCCUCGCCUCUCAGUGCGCCUCGGCUCCUCGUGCACCGUUACCGGGACUCGCUUUGUCUCUGAUGCGCAUCACCGACUCCACUUAGACGCCCUUUCUUCAGGUUUUUGUUUUGCGUUGUUUUGUUUGAUUUUUUUUUCCUCCUCCGCCCGGUUUUUACCUGGACCCCGUUUGGUCGUGAGUUCGAUUCCCUGACGCCCGGAAAAAUGACCGAGAUCGAUAAAGAAGCCUGCAGAGAGGCUUACAACCAGGUCAGGGACGACAGCACGGACACCAACUGGGCUGUGUUCAGAUAUGAGGGAUCCAAGAUCGUUCCUGCAGAACAAGGGAUUGACUAUGAGGACUUCAAGAAGAUAUGCACAGACGACGCCCGUCUCUUCGCCUUCGUCCGGGUGACGACGGGCGACGCCAUGAGCAAGCGGGCCAAGUUCACCCUGAUCACCUGGAUCGGGGAGAAUAUCGGCGUCCUGCAGCGCGCCAAGAUCAGCACCGACAAGACGCUGGUCAAAGACAUCGUGCAGAACUUCGCCAAGGAGUUCACGAUCAGCGAGCCGAAGGAGCUGGACGAGGAGUACAUCCGCACCGAGGUCAUCAAGGCGGGCGGAGCCAACUACGACGCCCAGGCCGAGUAGACAAGUGCCACGCUCCACUGGAAGGGGUCUGGGCGGGGGCGGGGCGGGGUCUGGGGCGGGGCGGAUCUCGUUAGGAGGGGGGAGGGGUGGGGGGGGUGAUGGGCGGGGCUGCUACCUCUUGGGGAGAGGACGAGGACGGGCGGCGGCGGCGACACUGAGCUCGUUCACACCCGGAGUCGGACCGACGGCGUCUCGUGAUUCGAGUCAGACUGAAACGCUCCCGUGUGUAAUCUGUAAUCUGUAAUCUGUAAUCUGGUUCACUUCCUUCUUUUACAUCUGAACGCGUGAAAUGAAGAAAUGAACGCAGGAAACCGGAGUGAGCGGACGGCGAAGGAGGUUUCAGGUGUUUGAUUCAGACGAAACCAAUGAAAUCAGACCCAAACGUGGAGAACAGGCCUCGGCCCUGGUCUUGGUCCGGUUCCAGACUCCUGCUCAUGUAAACGAGCCCAGACGGUUCAGACGCUCCAUUUUAACCCCGCAGCCACUUUCAUUCCUAAUGACGCUCCCACUGGAUUAUUUACAGCUGACUGAAAUGACACAAGUGACGUUUUUUAUUUAUUUAUUUUUCCAUUUAAUUUCAUUUGAAAAUACAUAAAUUUAAACAUUAAAAAAAGCACAAAAAAAAUUACAUUUCUCCUUUGGGCUUUGAACAAAGUAAAUCAGACAUUUCUAAAUGACAUGGAGGUUCAGAGUAGUCGGUAUGAACCCUUUUAUGGUUGAAGAUUCCCAAAAAAAAAAAUCUUCCAGCACAUUUUUCUGCAUCAAGAACAUUUUGCACAGCUGGAAUUUUAAUGUCUCAUGAUAAACAGAAAUCUACUGAUUCUGAUUCCAGCUGCAUUUGCUGGAAAUAAACUGGAAAAAUGUGACAAAUCACCUCAAAAAAACAUUAAAUGUUACAACUUGUGUCUGUUUUGGAAAUUUUACUGUUUUUCUUCAUUUUCCCAGAAGUCAGAAAUUAAUAAAUACAAUUUGUAUUUACUUUUGUGUUUUCCGACAUAAACUGAACAACGUAACUUAAAUGGUGGAAUUUCACAAAUGCUUCAUUUUUUUCAAUAUGCUCAAAAUGUAGAAUUUUAAAUUUCCUACCAAGUGAAUUCUAGGAUCUGUUCAAACUAUUCGUGAUAUAAAAGUUCUAGAAUUCCGACGGCACUCGUUGGUGGUGCGUUCACGAAACCUCGGAAAUUCCAAACUUUGCCAGCAGGCGGCUCGAGGCGCUCGUACUGUGAAUCUUAUCUGUGAAUUUCCUGCUUCGCAGUGGGAACACGUUGUUUUCUGAACGUUCCAGUGACUCGUCAGCGCGCCACAUCUCAGCACAGCCGUGUCUCCGUGUGCUCUCGGUAACUUCCUGUUGGCGAACAGGAAGUUACCGAAUGUGGUCACGUGCGCAAUACAGCGGCAGCGUGCGGUGGUGACGGAGUUGAAACGGAGCGUCCGUCGUCCGAGCCUCGCUCCUCCCCCAGUCGGCUCAUGGUUGGUUAUCUACUGUGUCGUUCGUGCGUCGUCAUCUCAUCGGAAAAAAACAAACAAACAAACAAACCGACUAGAAGGGCUUCGCUUCCGGAAACCGUAGCGGGUUUCUUCCGGGCGCCGGCCUCCUGGUUUUGGUGUGCAGGCAUGCGUCCGACACCGACAUGCUUCUAGUCAUGAUACACUGAACCUCCGGAGGGGAGGGUCUCCGCCGCGGCGCCCGGCCUUGUUUGGGUCGGCCCUUUCAUCCGCCUUGCCCCGUGCGGGCGGCGGCGGCGGCGGCGGUCUGUCCCUCCGGUGUCUCAUCUCACCAUGUGUCCGUGCAUCCUGUAGCCUGCCGUGUUCGACUGCCUUCAUCUCCCAUGGAGAGAGGGGCAUCAUGGGAGCUUGUGGACACUACACUGUGAUUGGCCGUCCUCCAUGGCGUUGGAAGCGUGUUUGGGGAGGUGGGGACCGGACGCGGCCCCCCCGGGCUCGCCAUGCCGGCCCCGAAGGCGCCACUUCUCGGAUGUAGCAUCUCUCUCUCUUUUAAUUUUUUUUCUUUGUUUUUUUUUUUUUUUGGUUUUUUUUUUUUUUUUUUUUUUUUGGUUUCAACCCCCCUCCCUCCUCCCCCCGGCACAAAAAUAAAUGAAAAGAAAUAGUUUUUUUUUUUUUCUUCUUAAACUUUUCGUUUUUGAGAUGAAUGUUAUUUUCUCUUACGAGUUUUACCUGUUUAAUUUGAUUUUAUAAGAGCAUUGCUAACUUGGACAUUGGUAAAAAAAAAAAAAAAGAUUUUCCAAGAAAAAAAUCAUGCAAAAAAUAAAAAAAUACAACACGAUGGGCACAAAAGCAGUCA